AUGGGGAAUUACUGGAAAGUACACGGUUCAGAAUUGGACGACCAGCUCUACUUGAGAGAGCUUAGAGAGGAGUACGAGUCUGGCAAGAGAGCUAAUGCUGACGAGAUCGAGGGCGAAAUCUCAAAGAUCAAAUAUCCGCAAUACCUUGCGAAGACAAAGCUCGAGGAGGCUGGUACCUACAACAACCACGCCAACCCAGACCAUGUUAAAAACGAUAAGGGUCAUUUGGGAGAUCCCACGUUCAAGAAUCUCUUCAAGCAAGGACUGGAGAUCAAUAAAUUUGACUUGUCUCCAAAUUUGGGUACUGAGAUCGAUGGGGUACAGCUCAGUGAGCUUGACGAAGCGGGAAGAAAUGACUUGGCCUUGUUCUUGGAGACAAGAGGACUCGCGGUGUUCAGAAAUCAGGACUUCAGAGACAAAGGGCCCCAGUUUGCCAAGGAGUUUGGUCAAUACUUUGGACCUUUGCACAUCCAUCCUGUGGCAUACACUGCUGUCGAUCAUCCGGAGUUGCUUGUUACCUUCAGAAAAGCAGGUGACUCCAAAAGAUGGGCGACAGAAUUCUCUCGUGAGACCGGCCUCUACAGAUGGCACUCGGACAUCAGUUUCGAGGAAUACCCCUCGUCGUUCUCGUUCUUUGUGGCUUUGGAGGCCCCUCCAUCCGGUGGUGACACUGUGUUUGUUGACUUGAGAGAAGCUUACAGAAGAUUGUCUCCUCAAGUGCAAAAAUUCUUUGAGACCUUGACUGUGAUUCACACCAAUGAGUAUCAGCAGAAGUUCGCAAGGCUUAGAAACCAAUUGGCAAAGGUGAAGAAAGUUUCGUACUCGGAGCAUCCUUUGGUGAGAACUCACCCAGUAACUGGAGAAAAAAGUAUCUUUUUCUCGAGAGGCUUUAUUCUUAAGAUCAAAGGCUUGAAGGACUCUGAGUCAGCUGCCAUCUUGAAUUUCUUGGAAGACCACUGUCUCAACAACCCAGAGUUCCAGGUGAGAGCUACACACAGAGGCACUGACUCAAGAACGGUGAUUGCGUGGGACAACAGGUUCUUGGUCCACACUGCCACUUUGGACUUCCUAAACCACGAGACCUCGGCACGUCACCACUUCCGUAUCACUGUUCUUGGUGAGAAGCCUUACUUUAAGGAGAUCAAGAAUAAGUCUGAGGACGAUUCUGACAACGAAGACAAGCACCCCCGUGCCUAUUAG